GAUCCUUUUUAGGAAUAAAUUUGCAGUAUGUAAUUGAUGACACCAUUAAACUUAGGACUAUAGGACUUAUGGAAUUAACUGAGUCACAUACAGGUGUGUAUUUAAAAGAUGUGAUACUUAAUGUGAUGAAUAAAUUUAAGAUUGAGCCAUGCCAACUGUACACAAUCACAUCAGAUAAUAGGGCAAAUAUGUUAAAAGCCACUAGUUUAGACUAGGUUAGAAGAACACAUUUUAUCUGAAGUUACUACAUCUGAUAAUGAAUCAGAAACUGAACACAUGGACGUAUCAGAAUCAGAAGCAGGAUCAAUUGACGAGAAUGAAGAUAAUGAUAGUGAGUUUGAAUUGGACCAAACUGUACUUGACGAUGAUCAAAUAACUGAAUUAUUAAAUGAACGUAGUGAUAAUAUUGAUAAGGAUUAUGAACAAUCAGAAGUCAUAAUUAAUCAUGUUGAAUUGCAAAGCUUCAGUGAUUACUCAAUAUUUUCUGGAAUCCGCUGUGUGGCCCAUACCUUGCAAUUGGCAGUAAUAGACUGUUUAAAAGAUGAUGAUGUAACUAGAGUUUUAAAUAAAGUUAGAUGUUUGGCAAAAUGACUGAGAAACCAAACUUACUCUUAUUUAAUAAAAAAAGAAAAGUUAAAAUUACCAAUACUCGACUGCUUAACACGUUGGCAUUCUACAUUGGACAUGUUG